CGUUUUAACGCGGCCGGGAGUCAUUGUGCCCGAGCGGGUCGCAUUAUGUAACAGAUACAGUCGGUUUGUUUUGCCAAGACAGGAAACUCCCUGUAACAGGGCCGGACUUUAAACGUUUCCCAGCAGAGAAGCCGGGGAAGCCGCGCGGGUCUGGCCGUUGGGAGGUGGGUGGCCCCGGACCCGGCUGCAGGGACAGUCCGUCGUCCCUUCGUCCCUCUGACUGUGGGGAACUGAGCCCUGCUCGGCUCCCUUGGACCCUCGUUGUAGGAGAAGUGAGCUCACCGAGGUGUGAUUCGGAGAAGACACAGCCCCUGUUAGGGCACACUUGAGUUUUGACACAACUACGUCCGCCCAGGAAACUGCCACGCCCAUCCCAAACGUUUUCGUCACCCCGAAGUUUCACCCCUGCCUGGGUGGGCUUGGGGAAUUAGGGUGGUAUAUGCCCUUACCUGCUCUGCCAGGCACUGCCCCGAGCGCCUCGUGGGAAGUGGGACAGUGUUCACACCAGCGGGAGCCCGGCUAUGAUCCUGUUCCUGCUUUAGCCGGAGCAGGGCCGGGACCGUUGAAGUGACUUGUUCCCAGCCAGGCAGGAAAUGAACUGAUUUGAAGACGUUUGCUGCUCCUUAGCGUGCAGGCCUCCUCUCUGGUGGUCCACGCGGCUUUUCUGGGUGUAUUUCACUGAAGUACGGCUGGAAAGGCUUCUUGUCCUCGCUGACCACCUCCUGGUGGGACUGCUUGUCCCUCUGCAGAAGCGCCAAGUGUGCUUGGAGCCACAUGGCAGUGACAGAGGGUGUCGGGAAGCCAGGAGCCGUGAGCAGUCGGUCACUCUGUGCCACUGACUGCCCUCCUUCCCCGUCACGGUUCCAUCUUCAGACGCUGGAGCUGCCGUGACCGUUGUUAGGUGAAGUUCAUGUGCAGAGUGGUUGAGGGGCCCAUCGGGAGAGCGUGGGUUGUGGAGGCUGGUUACACUUUAGAGCUACCUGGUACUUUGGCGGCGAGGAGAAAAUUACGAGUUUGCCUUUAAUCCGGGAGUCAGUACCAAAUGAGGAGGAAAGGACGAUGUCAUCGCGGCGCUGCAGCGAGACACCCUUCCUCCCCGUGCAGUACUAAGCACUCCCCCACGCGAGAGACCCUGACCUACGCGCAGGCCCAGAGGAUGGUUGAGAUAGAGAUCGAGGGGCGCCUCCAUCGGAUCAGUAUUUUUGAUCCCCUGGAGAUCAUACUGGAAGAUGACCUCACGGCUCAGGAGAUGAGCGAAUGCAACAGCAAUAAAGAAAAUAGCGAGAGGCCACCGGUGUGCUUAAGAACUAAGCGCCACAAAAACAACCGAGUCAAAAAGAAAAACGAAGCCCUCCCCGGCGCCCACGGCACGCUGGCUUCGGCCAGCGCGCUUCCUGAGCCCAAGGUGCGCAUCGUGGAGUACAGCCCGCCGUCCGCCCCCAGGAGGCCCCCGGUGUACUACAAGUUCAUCGAGAAGUCGGCCGAGGAGCUGGACAACGAGGUGGAGUACGACAUGGACGAGGAGGAUUACGCCUGGCUGGAGAUCGUCAACGAGAAGCGCAAGGGCGACUGCGUGUCGGCCGUGUCGCAGAGCGUGUUCGAGUUCUUGAUGGACCGCUUCGAGAAGGAGUCCUACUGCGAGAACCAGAAGCAGGGGGAGCAGCAGUCCCUGAUCGACGAAGACGCCGUGUGCUGCAUCUGCAUGGACGGCGAGUGCCAGAACAGCAACGUGAUCCUCUUCUGCGACAUGUGCAACCUGGCCGUGCACCAGGAGUGCUACGGGGUGCCCUACAUCCCCGAGGGCCAGUGGCUCUGCCGACACUGCCUGCAGUCCCGGGCCCGGCCCGCCGACUGCGUGCUCUGCCCGAACAAGGGAGGUGCCUUCAAAAAGACGGACGACGACCGCUGGGGCCACGUGGUGUGCGCCCUGUGGAUCCCGGAGGUCGGCUUCGCCAACACGGUGUUCAUCGAGCCCAUCGACGGCGUGAGGAACAUCCCCCCGGCCCGGUGGAAACUGACGUGCUACCUCUGCAAGCAGAAGGGCGUGGGCGCCUGCAUCCAGUGCCACAAGGCAAACUGCUACACGGCGUUCCACGUGACGUGCGCCCAGAGGGCCGGCCUCUACAUGAAGAUGGAGCCCGUGAAGGAACUCGCGGGCGGCGCCGCGACCUUCUCUGUCAGGAAGACCGCUUACUGUGACGCCCACACGCCCCCGGGCUGUACGCGGCGGCCUCUGAACAUUUACGGGGAGGUGGAAAUGAAAAACGGUGUCUGUCGAAAAGAGAGCUCCGUCAAGACGGUCAGGUCCACGUCCAAGGUCAGGAAGAAAGCCAAAAAGGCGAAGAAGACGCUGAGUGAGCCCUGUGCGGCCCUGCCGCCCGUGUGCGCCCCGUAUAUCCCCCCUCAGAGAUUAAAUAGGAUUGCGAAUCAGGUGGCCAUUCAGCGGAAGAAGCAGUUUGUGGAGAGAGCCCACAGCUACUGGCUGCUCAAAAGGCUGUCGAGGAACGGCGCUCCCCUGCUGCGGCGACUCCAGUCCAGCCUGCAGUCCCAGAGGAGCACGCAGCAGAGAGAAAAUGACGAGGAGAUUCAAGCUGCCAAAGAGAAGCUGAAGUACUGGCAGCGGCUGCGGCACGACCUGGAGCGCGCGCGGCUGCUGAUCGAGCUCCUGCGCAAGCGGGAGAAGCUCAAGCGGGAGCAGGUGAAGGUGGAGCAGAUGGCCCUGGAGCUGCGGCUGACGCCGCUCACGGUGCUGCUGCGCUCCGUGCUGGACCAGCUGCAGGAGAAGGACCCGGCUCGGAUAUUCGCCCAGCCGGUGAGCCUGAAGGAGGUACCAGAUUAUCUGGAUCACAUUAAACAUCCCAUGGACUUUGCCACAAUGAGGAAACGGUUAGAAGCUCAAGGGUAUAGACACCUCACUGAGUUUGAGGAGGAUUUUAAUCUCAUUGUAGAUAACUGCAUGAAGUACAAUGCCAAGGACACGGUGUUUUAUAGAGCCGCCGUGAGGCUGCGCGAUCAGGGCGGUGUUGUUCUGAGGCAGGCCAGGCGCCAGGCCGACAGCAUCGGCUUUGAGGAGGCCUCGGGGAUGCACCUGCCUGAGCGGCCUGCCGCGGCCCCUCGGCGGCCUUUCUCCUGGGAAGACGUGGACAGGUUGCUGAACCCAGCCAACAGGGCCCACAUGGUCCUAGAGGAGCAGCUGAGGGAGCUGCUGGACAAGCUGGACCUCACGUGCGCCAUGAAGUCCAGCGGGUCUCGGAGCAAGCGGGCCAAGCUCCUGAAAAAGGAGAUCGCGGUCCUUCGGAACAAGCUGAGCCAGCAGCACAGCCAGCCCCCGCCCGCGGAAUCAGGUAUUGGAAGCUUUGAAGAGGAAAGUGCUCAGCUGGGGCAGGAGACGGGGGAGGAAGGAGAUAAAUCUCCCCCUAAACUUGAACCAUCAGAUGCAUUACCUCUUCCUUCAAACUCGGAGACUAAUUCAGAACCACCAACCCUCAAACCAGUAGAACUGAACCCAGAGCAGAGUAAACUAUUCAAAAGAGUCACAUUUGAUAAUGAAUCACAUAGCACUUGCACUCAGAGCGCACUGGUAAUCGGACACCCUCCAGAGCCCACCCUCGCCAGUAGUGGCGAUGCGCCGGCGGCGGCGGCCUCCGCGGUGGCGGAGCCAUCAAGCGAUGUAAACAGACGCACUUCUGUUCUCUUCUGCAAAUCGAAAAGUGUAAGCCCCCCAAAGUCUGCCAAGAACACUGAAACCCAGCCAACUUCUCCUCAGCUAGGGACCAAAACCUUUUUGUCUGUAGUCCUUCCGAGGUUGGAGACUCUUCUGCAGCCAAGAAAAAGGUCGCGGAGCACCUGCGGCGACUCCGAGGUGGAGGAGGGGUCCCCGGGAAAGCGCCUGGACACAGGUCUCGCCAACGGCUUUGGGGGCGCACGGAGUGAGCAGGGGCUGGGGGGCGCCCCGGGGAGGAGAGCCGCGCCCCGACGACGCUGCGCCUCGGAGUCCAGCAUCUCGUCCGGCAGCGGCCCUCUCUGUGACUCCAGCUUCGGCGCACCCAGGUGCGGCCGGGGCAAGCCCGCUCUGGUGCGCAGACCCGCGCUGGAGGACCGCGGCGAGCUGAUCUCCUGCAUCGAGAACGGGAACUACGCCAAGGCGGCCAGGAUCGCCGCAGAGGUCGGUCAGAGGAGCAUGUGGAUUUCGUCCGACGCCGCGGCCUCUGCUCUCGAGCCUCUGAAAGUCGUGUGGGCCAAGUGCAGCGGCUACCCCUCGUAUCCGGCCCUGAUCAUCGACCCCAAGAUGCCGCGCGUGCCCGGCCACCACAACGGGGUCACCAUCCCGGCCCCACCGCUGGACGUGCUGAAGGUCGGCGAGCACAUGCAGACCAAGGCUGACGAGAGGCUGUUCCUCGUUCUCUUUUUUGACAACAAGAGAAGCUGGCAAUGGCUCCCCAAGUCCAAAAUGGUCCCCCUCGGCAUGGACGAGACCAUAGACAAACUGAAAAUGAUGGAGGGGAGAAACUCCAGCAUCAGGAAGGCUGUGAGGGUCGCCUUCGACCGCGCGAUGAGCCACCUGAGCCGUGUGCACGGGGAGCCCACCAGCGACCUCAGCGACAUCGACUGACCUGCCCGCCUUCCCGUGGCCUUGUCCAUAGUGUGGAUAAGCUGUAUAUGCGUGUAUAUUGUUCCAGACUUAACUUAU